UGUAUCUGUUUCUUGGGAAUGUGAGACAAGUAUAUUGACACUUUGCAUUGCUAGGGUUAUGAAUAGAGAUGCCUAACAUUGCAGCAUUUCAGGACUCUAUGAUUGGACUCCAAAUUAAAAGUUUACAAGACACAUUGCCUGAUAUAUAGGCUGUUCUGUGGAAGAGGCUUCUAGUCCUAUGUUAAAAAAUGGCGGUAUCUUGGACUUAAAAAAAAGAGGGGGGUAUUGUACCUGUACAAAUUAUGUGACCAGUUCUUAGUACUUCACAAACAAAUAUUGGAAACGGUGUUGUCUGAUCCUGAAUUCGUCCACAAUUCAAGGCAGAAGAACUUUAAAGACUGCACCCUUAGGAGGCAAACCAGCUGACUGUAAUGGAGGAGGUAGCCUUCCCCUCUACUUUGAAGAAAAUAAAGUCAUCAGGCUGCCUUUUGUGCCUGUCUUUGUAGAGCCCCUGAGUUGAGAAGUGAGAUUCCUGGAUGCCUUUUACAAAAUGGUUUUAAUUUCGUUGACAAGUAUUUGGAUCUAUCUAAAAGUAUGAACAAAAAUCAAGAAUAGGUGAAUCGUAAAGAAUUCUACUCUUGCCAGAAGGAAACCGUCACUGAAAAGUGCCUCUAAAUGAACACAUUUCUCCAUAUCAAAUAUAUGGACCCAGCAAUAAAUACUCAGAAAUAGCACCUAUGACACAUGUUUUAGAAACAGAACAUUUUGGUUCAAAGAAAGAAUGGCUCUCAGUCCAUCUGUAUUUUUUCAAGAAAGUGAAAAAAAGAAUGCAAAUUGUAUGGAAACAAAACAGACACAAACUGUUUCCAUAGCUUCAGAAGACCCUCUUCAGAACUUAUGCUUAGCAUCUCAGGAAGUGCUUCAUAAGGCUCAACGUAGUGGAAGGUCACGGUGUCUCCAAUGUGGUGGCUCAAGGAUGUUCUACUGCUACACCUGCUAUAUCCCAGUGGAAAAUGUGCCCAUUGAGCAGAUUCCGUUUGUGCAGCUUCCAUUGAAGAUCGAUAUCAUUAAGCAUCCAAACGAAACAGAUGGCAAAAGCACUGCUGUGCAUGCAAAGCUCUUAGCACCCAGCUCUGUGAGCAUCUACACUUACCCGUGCAUUCCAGAGUAUGAAGGGAAGGACCACGAGGUUGUACUUGUUUUUCCUGGACCUCAGUCCAUCUCGAUAAAAGAUGUUUCUUUUCAUCUGAAAAAGAGGGUUGAAAGUAAAGGUAGAAGCAAACCUAAUGACCUUGAUAUGCCACCUUUUAAACUGAAGAGAACCGAGGCGGAGGGAGGCUCUGGUUUGAAUGAGAGCAUGCACGAAGGCCCAUCAUUGAAGAGAGUGGUCUUCAUUGACAGCACCUGGAGCCAGACAAACCAGAUAGCCUCUGAUGAGCGCCUCCGGGAGUUAUUACAAGUUGAACUGAAAACAAGAAAAACUUGCUUUUGGCGCCAUCAAAAAGGGAAGCCAGAUACUUUCCUUUCCACAAUUGAAGCUAUUUAUUACUUCCUGGUAGACUACCAUAGUGACAUGCUGAAAGAAAAGUACAAAGGACAAUAUGACAAUCUUUUAUUCUUCUAUUCUUUUAUGUACCGCUUGAUAAAGAAUGCCAAAGGCUCUGGAGAGAAGACAAAACCAACUCUCACCCAUUAGUUCCGCACACUCUGCUUGUCAUAUUGCUCUGCUAAUGUUCACAAGUUUGCAGUUGAGCCUGUUUCCCCUGGGGAAAUAACCGUGCCCAGUGCCUGUGGGAGGAUUUGGGAAGAAAGGUCCAGUCUUGUUCUUUUUUAAAGAGAUGGUCCUAAUUGCAAGACAUAGUUCAGAAGCUAUGUGCUCAGUUUGGGCAUAUCUCAGUUGCAUUGUACAUUUUAAUAUAUUGUGUUAGAUUUACAUGAUUGGCAUUAUAUAUGAUUGGAGAUUGUCUUAUCUUUUCACUUAUCUUCACCUUCAGCUUUGGACUUAAAGACAGAAUCUUUUGGCAAAACAUUGUUUGUUUGAGGUUAAUGAAGAAUUGGCAGAGGUAGUGUGUUGUGCUCUCUGUGUAAGUCUGCCCUUCCUCCUCUGCCUGGCCUCUGCACUAGGAGACAACUGUCGCAUCACAUGGUCCUGCCAGAGGGAUAGAUACACAUAUGACCUGUUUUAGCAAGUCAGGUGACCCAGGGCCAAGAGCACAUGGCCCAACAGAAUCUGGUAUGUUUUGGUGUACUAGGCAUGCCAUAGGAGAUGGAAUUUAUUUCUUCCAGAGUGAAUAAUAUGUGGUUAAAGUAAAUUUCUUCAUGUUUAAAACAUAUCUUUAGCAAUAAAGGUCAGCUUAAAUUAAUUUAAGUAGGAAAAAGUCUAGAUAGCAAUAAAGGUCAGCUUAAAUUGAUUUAAGUAGGACAAAGUCUAGAUCGGGGUGGGGUAGGGUAGGGUAUAUGCUAAAGUUAGACUUCUCCGAGCCAAAUCUAUUGCCAUUUAUGCAGUUCUACAAGCCAUCAAAGCAGUUAAAAGGUUGAAGGGAAAAGAGGAGAGAAUGAUCUUACACUCAUUCACCCAUCUCACAGCAGCCAUAAGAAAGAUGGCCCGCAUGCCUUGCCUUGUUUCUCUUUGUAUGACAAGCUCUAAAAAUGGCCUUUCCUGCUGUUGCCCAUAUAAUGGCCCUUCAGCCCUUCUUUUGCUCCUUGGCAGUACCCCUUACUCUGAAUCUGAGCCAUAAACAUUUCCAAGACGGCUGUUUUUCUAUGUUUGUGGUUUGGCUGUUGAUAUAUAAAUGUACAUGGCUAUGCUAACCUGCUGGAGGGCGCAACGUUGCCCUUUUUCUGCCCCUGUGCUCCUAUGUAGGUCAGGACUUGACAACCAUCUACCUGACUCCUGAUAUGUGGGCAAGGCGUGCCUUACAGCACUGACUGGAACUGUUUUACGGCAUUGUUGUGCCAGUAGACAACCCAUCUUUGGAUACUGUAUCAGAUGCAUCUCAAGCAUCCAGGAAGGGUUUUAUCCCCAUUAUUUCUUAUACUCUCAAUAAAUGGCUUUGUCUUAGUUCCCAUCUUAUACACUAGCAAUACCAGUAGGCUUUCAGGGUUCCCCGUGGCUGCCCAAAGGGCCUUGGGAUAUAACCUGCAGUGUUAGUGACACUGACUAGAUUAAUGGCCUAGAUGUGCCUGGUACACUCCUCUCCCUUCAGUGGACUGUUUGCAGGCACUCAGCCUGCUCAUCCUGACAUGACCAUUUGGUCAGGCAAACAUACUUGCCAAGAGACUGACACUGUCUCUUCGUGGACUCCAUGCCACAACAGCAGAUGCUAUCCAGUGAUUUGUCAGUUUGCAUUGGCUUCUACUUCCUAGUUCCUUUCUCUUUCAGUUUUACUGCCCAGGAUCAUGCAGUCUAAUAAAGUUGCAAAUUCAAUCUUACCCUCAGACUCUCUCAUGGAGGCCAGCUAUUUUAGGUAGGAUUUGGUCAGAAAAGCAGACCUGACUCAAAGUGUUAGCAUACGUUUUAAACAAAGUAUAAUAAAGGAUUGGGUUUUCCCUAAAGGUGACGUUACUGGGGGAGUAAGUCCGGGAGGAUUGGAGCGACAUCAGAGCUGCUGAGUACCCAGGCCUGACUGUACAGGCCUGUAAGGCUUUGGCUUGGGAAGCCUCUCCAUCACUCCUCCACACAUCCAGGCUGAGUGGCAGGGCCUUCUCAACCCAUCUGAAAUAUUAAGUCAUAGAGGAAUUUUGCUUGGUCUUUUCUUUGAGCCCAUGUUAAUUUGGUCUUUGCCCCAUGCCUGUCUUUAAUAAUCAUUUUAUUUGAUCAAAAAGAAUCUCAUUUUCAAUGCAGAAUCCUAGGUUCUGUGCUUCCUCUCAGUUCCACCUACAUGCCACCUCAGCUCUGAGUUUCUCUUCUUACAGUGCCUUAUCUAUUGCAGUGACUAGCAACCAGCUUCCUUGGAAUCUCCCCAAUUAUCACAAGUACAGUAGAUUCGUUAUGAAAACUGAUGGUUUCCAUGUUAUGGAAAGAUGAUCUAUCAAUGUUUGAUCCCCAAAUACUAAUGGCUAAAUAGCUCCAAUGAAAACUAUUGUUAUUUAGUGAACUUUAAUUGAAGAUUAUCAGCUGAAAAAAAAUCAUUGCCCAUUCUUAAGAAUCAUUCAUCACCAGACAAUGGAUACAGUCUACCAUAUGAAAAAUGGAAGGAAAAGUGUUGAACACAAAGGAAAAAGACUAAGGAGUAUUUUUAAGACAAUUAUUUAUUAAAAAUACAAUUUGAUAGCAUGUAAUAAAAAAGAGAUCCUAGAAAUUGAGGAACUACUGAAAUAAUUCAGUACAUGAGUUGGAAGAUAAAGUAUCAGAACAGAAAAUUCUAAUUUCUGAAUACUUGUUAGCCUUGUUAAAUGUUGUAACUGAGAUCAUGGACUACAUGUACAUUACUGAAUAAAGCAAACACAGCAACCUGAAAUGUGAAUGGCAUUGCUUUAAUUAAUCACACUCUUUGUUGUAAAGAGGAAGAUUGGGGACACACUAUGGUAAAUCACAAAAAAUAAGCACCAGCAGGUGACAGGAAAAGCUUUAUUAAUAUGUACAUGUGUCCAGGUUAUGGACUGUCAAGAGAAGCCAAAGCCUUCUUCAAACUUUUUAAUAAAAAUAUAAUUUUA